GUAUUCUACCUGUUGCCUUUCUAUAAGGCAGUAGUAAAUUAUAUAUGUAUUACACACUUGUAUUUUCUGUAAUAAUUGUGUAGCAAAUUUGGGGAAAUUAUGAAUAAAUAAUGCAAAAAUUAUUCGAUGAUAAUCUUUCGUUUUUGUCUCUCCAUUUUCCUAUGUUUAACUUGGGCUGAUAAACAAAGUAUUGGAGGAUGGGUUUUGGGUUUGCAGUGAAGAGAGCGUUUUAUAUGCUCGGGGUGGGUUGCCCCCCUCCCCAUAGCUUCCUGCUUAGGCCUGAGAUCCCUCAAGCAGAAGCAUGCUUGUGUGCCUCCACAUCCCCUUCGCCAAAUUGCUCCAAACUUAAGUUCACGCAAUUCCUAUAACAGUGUAAAUUAUGUACAAUUCUGGAAAUACUUGUUCCUGUGACAUUAUCAGUAAAUUGCUUGUUUUUGGUGAGAGAGUUUAUGUGCCAUGGCAUGAUGCAAUGCAUCAUUAUUGUAAAGCAAUGUAGAACAAUAUUGUUGGUUUGUUGAACGUUAAUGCCUGUGUGAAAGGGCCUCUUGGUCUUUAAUUAUGGAAAAACGAAUUAAAUUGUAUAUUUUUUUCCAUGCCAGUCAAUUGUAAUGGAUCCAUUAAACCAGCAGAGGGCAAUGGAGUCACAUCUUCUCGCUUUUUUGUACGCUAAACACAACUAGAUCAGUGGAUUUUGGCAGAACUGUCAACUCGGUCGACUUUGAUAAUAAUCAGACAUAUUGAAAGAUGCCAGUAUUAGGGGAUGCUCGGUGCUUGUGGGUCUUUGAGAAUUGUCAACAGAGGACUAAAACAUUGCCAGUCAUCGCUUAACCACGCUGAGACGGACCUCAUUGGAAGCGGCUGUUUUCCUCAUCUUUCUCACAAGGACUAUUCUUAAAUGGAUGAGACUUUGAAUAUGGACAAUGAGGUGUUGGAUUGCCAAGAACCUGAAACCAACCGAGUUGGGAUCCUUCGCCGUCUGCGGGACCGAGACCUGCUCAGGAAGAGGAAAGCCGAGGCGGAGGAAAAGGAGACUAAGCAGUGGGUUUAUGGGGUCGAGAGCAAGAGGAGAAGAGCAAGGGGAGAGCAGAGGAGUGGCACUGGGAGAAGGGGGAGACCAAGGAAGAUUGAGAACCUAUUUGAGAUUCUCCCGAUCCAGGAAAAGGAGAAGGGUGAGGAGCAAGUGCAGCAGGCUCCCCAACCUCCUGCUGAAGAAUCUUUACCUGAGGCAGUGGAGGCUGGCCCAGCCCACACCUUCUACUCCCGAUCGAUUGCUCCAGCGUACAUCCCCACUUCCCCAGCUCCGCCACUCAAUGUUACCUCAGUCGAGACCCCUGUCAUUGCCUCUUUUUUUACCAAUCUAUUCCAAACGGCUCCUACCCUGACCCUGAACCCUACCCUGGCCCAGGCACCUACCCAAACCCCUACCCCAGCCCCCAACUCUGUCUCAGAGCCCACUGAUCCAGCCCCAUCUACCCAAAGUCCUCCCUUGCCCCCUUCCUCUGGUCAAAGCCAAAGUGAGACCACAGUGGAGGCUCCUGUGUCAGCUGGGCCCCUGCUGGCCCUAGCCCCAGCUCCGGCCCCAGCAUCCCCUGCUCUUGUCUACACCACCGAGUCCGCAACCAUGGAGGCUCAAGGCCAGGUCACCAUCGAAGACUUGGGGCCCGAUGAGAUGGAGGAUGUCUGCGUGACACAGAAGGAAGAGGCGGUGAACCGUUUGGAAACUGAUUCGGUUGAGGGGCCAUCUCCACCCGUUGUGGCUCAGAGCACCAUGUUCUCCUCUCCUCUGUUGACCUCCCUGUCUACCACUCAAGGAUGUUUCACAGAUAAAUAAUUAAAAAUGAGGUUUCUGAUGAUGUCUGAAUUCUCAAGGGCUUUCUACAAAAUUGGCUGUAGACUAUUCUUAAAUGGCAAUGCUUUGAAAACGCUUGUAUUAAUCAUUUUUUUAUUCUGAGGCCUUAUAUUGUACUGCAUUUAAAUUGGAUUUAGUUUUUUUUUGCUUUAGGAAUUAACUGAUAAUGCUGCAGUUUUAAAUUAUUUUAAAAACAAAGACAAACUUGUUAUUUUCAGUCAAAUUUCUUUUUAUAGUUUGGUUUGUAAAUUUGUUCAUGUAAAACUAGUUACUGCAAAUAAUAAUAAAAUAGGGUUUUGAAAUGUUACGUUUUGUAAAAGUAGACUUUUUGUGGUUUCUAAUAAACAGGGGUCCAUUCAAAAUGAUCCUCUUUAAUGUUGGCUUUGACAUACUUCCUUUGCAUCAGGAGUCGGGAAACAUGAUACAGUGUUAACAUAUUUCCUAUUCAAACAAUAAAACUGAGACAUGCAUAAACA